CCUGACGUGACCCUGCAGGAUUGCAAACAUGGCGGAGCCCUCCCUCGGGAAUUCGAGCCCAGGAGGUUCAGCAGGUUCCGAUGACCAUGAUUUCGACCCAUCAGCAGACAUGCUUGUCCAUGACUUUGAUGAUGAGCGCACCCUGGAGGAGGAGGAAAUGUUGGAGGCAGCAGACGACACCAACGCCAACGAGAUUGAAGAUCUUGCACGGGAAGGAGAGAUGCCCAUUCAUGAGCUGCUGAGUCUGUAUGGUUAUGGGGGCGGCUCAACAGCAGAUGAGGAUGAAGAGGAGGAUGAAGAACCUGAAGAAGAAGAGGAUGAUGAUGAGGAUGACGAGGAAGAGGAGCUUGACAAUGACGAAAGCAGCAGAAGCACUGGCGAAUUGAAAAGAAAUGAGGGUGAGGGUGUUAAGAACUCAUCAGGACAGGGGGAUGAGGCCGAGGCAACCUCUGAGGGCCGCACACGCUCAGUCAGGUCCCUUGGCACAGCAGAACUUAUUCGUCCUCAGAAAUUAAUGUAUUUUGAAAGCAAUAAUGAUGCAGAGGAGGAGUCAGAUGAAGAUGAGGACUAUGUUCCAUCUGAAGACUGGAAAAAGGAGAUUAUGGUUGGGUCCAUGUAUCAGGCAGAAACCCCUGUUGGCCUGUGUAAAUAUAAAGACAAUGAAAAAGUUUAUGAAAAUGACGACCAGUUAUUGUGGAACCCCGAGUGUCUUCCUGAAGGCAAAGUAGUGGAGUUCCUGACAGAGGCGUCGAGGCGAACAGGAGAUGAGAAGGGAGUAGAUGCAAUCCCAGAGGGAUCUCAUAUCAAAGACAAUGAACAGGCAUUGUAUGAACUGGUGAAAUGCGACUUUGACACAGAGGAAGCUUUAAGAAGACUUAGGUUUAAUGUAAAAGCAGCCAGAGAGGAGCUAUCUGUCUGGACUGAAGAGGAGUGUAGAAACUUUGAACAAGGACUAAAAGCUUAUGGCAAAGACUUUCAUUUAAUACAGGCCAACAAGGUGAGAACUAGGUCUGUAGGAGAAUGUGUGGCCUUUUAUUACAUGUGGAAGAAGUCUGAGCGUUAUGAUUUCUUUGCACAGCAAACCAGACUUGGGAAAAGGAAAUACAACCUUCACCCUGGUGUCACAGACUACAUGGACAGAUUACUGGAUGAGACGGAGAGUGCGACAUCCAGCAGGGCGGCAUCGCCACCUCCCACCACUUCCAGCAGCAGCACCAGCCACUCUGAGAGGGAGGACAGCAGCAGUCAGAACGGUAUUGCAAGCCACAAUUCAAGCCACCCAGGGGACGGUGCUCAGUUGCCCCCAACAAAUCAAGUCAAAGCUGAGUCAGCUCAGUCCAACGGUCCCUCCCAUCCACAAGUGGAGUCUUCCCCCACUUCAGACAACAACUCCAACGGCUGCAGCCAACCCACUGCACCCAGCCACGACAGAAACGGUUCUCUGGAGCCUCCGCCGGACCACAGACACACAGCAGCGGUGGCACUCGACAGGCCGGCCAAGAGGUGCAGGACGGAGGCAGAGCCUUUGGGCCAAAGUGAGGUGGAACCAUCUAGAACACCGGAGAACUGAAGGAUCCAAAGCUCGGUGGUGUUGACUGAGAGACGCUGAUUUGGGGUGAAAAAAAAUUGUCUCAACUUAAGGCUGAAGAGUUCCUCUUGACCUGUGAGCACAGCAUCUCCUGAGAGCAGAGACUCAACUCUUUUAAUAAGGUCAAAAGUCACAGCCGGCCAAACAGCAGCCAGUCCUCCAGGAGGGGCAGUAGGUGCUCCGUCUCCCCGUCCCCCCAAACCAUCUAUAUACUGACUGCCUGCAAAGCUCAUCCCAAAGUACCACAACUUCAUCAUGUCCCACAAAACAUCUUCUUCUACCCAAUUGUCUUCAUUCCUUUUUCGGAAACUUGACUUACAAAAUUUUGCCAAGAAUUUCCUUUUUUCUAUUUGUACUCAAAGAUAAUAAAUCACCUGUGAUAUUUUUUUACACAGAGAUAUUUAUAUUUUUUAACAAAAACAAAUCUAUAAUGCAUAAUUACUGUUCAAGCCAUUUGAACAUCUGAUGAAACAGAGGACACACGUUUUAAACGAUUAUGUGCUCAAGUUGUCAAACAGAGGCAAAGUAGGCAAAAACACGAUGAGAAGGCUGGUGCUGUCGCUGGCUCAAUGUAGUUGCACUUUGAUUGUAUGUUUCUCAUCGUUAUUGAUAAGGAGUAAAGGAGUGGUGAGAAAAAAAAACCCAGCAGAAUUACAUUUUCACUCCUCCUCUUCUGAACCGGCUCUGGCCUCUUAUCACGGCUGUCUGUUUUGGAUUAUGAUAAAUGAACCAAUGGGUUAGCUCCCGCCGCAGGUUUGUUUGUGUAAAGCAGCUGACAUCAGUGAUGUCCUGUAUUAUAACUCAUCAUGUAGAAGAUCGCUGUAUUUUUGGAUUUUUCAUAGUCAGUGCUUUGCUCAACACUUUGUUUUUACUAGACAGAAUGUCCAUGGAUUUUUAAUGUAAAGUUUGUAUAGAUUUCUUACCUUGAGCAGUUGGUACAUUUUUUUAUAACUGUCUGUUCAUCUCAGUAUUUUCUGGUCUUCCUUGUAGGCUUUGCUUUUCGUUGAGAAACCUUACGCCUUUGUUGCUCUGAGAUGGAUGUAUUAAUAAAAAAAAAAAAGAAAAAAAGAAGGUAGCCAUUCCUCUUUCCCUCUCUGUUUGGCAGCACUUCCCAUUCCUGUGUGAUCCUGCUCAGUCUGAAACUGUUUUGUUGCAGAUCCCCAUCUUUCGUGUAUAAAAAAGCUCCAUGUUGUGGCUGAGUGUGCUUCUUACCUCUUACUGCUUAGUUUCUACCAAUAUUUGCUGCCUCUCCACAGUAAGUGGCUUCAGAGCAGUGAAUCUCCAGCAGUGAAACAAACCAGGCUGACAUGGAUGGGUGUGUGUGUGUAUGUGUGACCUGGAAAGACCUUGGUACAGUAGCUGUUCAGCAUAAUGCUUAAGUGUUUUAUUUUGUACUCCAGCUUUGAACUUACAUUCACAAAUUAAGAUAAGUUUGUCUCAAAUAAUGUUGAUCCAUGUAGUUGUUUUCUUUCCCUUUAUUUGACACUGAUGUCUUUUUUUUUCCCUCUGUAAAUGAUGACAUUAAUAAAAAUUAAGUGUAUUCCAAGACUGGCUAUGAAUGGAAUAACAUUGGCUAUAUUUAAUAAAUGUAUUAAUGAA